AUGCUAGGCGAUCGACAACAAAGCGAGGUCGAGACGCUGUGGGAGAAGUGGUUCAUUUGGAAGGAUUUUAUCCCUCCAAAGUAUUCGUUCACGACCUGGCAGGCGCUUAGGAACCGGCUACCGACGAGGGACAGGCUCGGCUGCAGAGACACUGAGAUAGAUCAACGAUGUCCAAGUUGCACCACAGAAACAGAAUCAGUGGACCACCUCUUCUUCAAGUGUACCAAGACAAGAGAAGUUUGGCGAGUGAUCAAGACAUGGGCUGGCAUGAGGAGGCCGAUUACAACCAUACCGAGCGCGAUCAAGUGGUUCCUAAAGGAGCGCAGUGGUGUAACGGUGAUCCGUAAGGCGAGGAGCCUUGCUCUUAUAGCCACGAUCAGCUUGAUGUGGAGAGCUAGGAACGCAGUAAUCUUUGAUGGAGCUACCUUUGAACCGAAGCACUUGAUCUUCCAGAUAAAGAAGAUCACAUACGCUACACUCUACUCCAUGUUCCCGCACGAGACGGUCCAGGAGCACCUUGGAGUCUAG